AGCCACCGCGGCCCAACCCACCUCUCUUCCUCGUCCGCCACCUUUCUUCUUCUCCUUCCUCCCAAACAAAGAAUUACUCUUUCCUUUUCAAUUUUCUCGCAGGAGAGAGAGACUGAGAAACCAGAGAGGAAGAGAGAGAGAGAUAUGAAAACUCCAAAACAAUAGUACAAGACGCAGAUUUUCCUCUUUGGGCAGCCAAACAAGAACGAAUAAGCGAAAAAACCAGAGCCAGGGGAGAUGGUAAAUCAAUAAUUCCGCCCGCCGCUUCGCAACCUUUGCUCCCUCUCUCUGUUUCUGUUUGCUUCUUCUUCCUCCCCACUGACCCACAAACCCGAAGCUUCUUCCGCUUUGGAAUUUCCUCCUGUCUCUUCUUAUCCUUCCUAUUAUACGAUACUAAUUUAAUAUAAAGGACAGGUAGGGGCGAUCGCCCCCCCAAUAAAAAAUUCGCCUUUCCUCAUUGUAAGAAAAUGUUGCCCUUGCCGCUUCUCUUGUUUUUCUCGGCGUUCACCAGGAGUUUAUCUCUCUGACCCAGAUUUUGGCCCUUCAGGCUUCAACCCACCAAUUUUGUUUUUGUUUUCCCCCUUGAUCAAGGUCAAUUAUGGCUGUCGUUGUCGGUUCCGGUGGGUCCGCAGGCGGGCCUGCCGCUGCCGGCGGCGGCGGUGGUGGAGGGAAUGGUGGGUCGGCGGCGGGGAGCUGCUGUGAUAUGAGUUUGAAGUGUUGGUGUAAAUGGAGGUGGGACCACCACCAGCACAGGUUUCUUUCGGGUUUCUCAUCUGGGUUCCUCUUCAUGCUGGGCUGCUUGAUUGUCUACGGCUUGAUUGGGGUGAUCUAUGGCUGGCUCUUCUUCAAUAAGCCUUAUUAUGGUCGUAAUGGUGUGGUGGGUUUGAACUCUUUUGGUUGCCUGGAAGAUGGUGAAGGUUCUUGGUCAGUUGGGGUCUUCUAUGGCGACUCCCCUUUCUCCCUCAAGCCGAUUGAAACUGCCAACUUGUGGAAAAAUGAGAGCAAGGCAUGGCCAGUAUCUAACCCAGUUGUCACCUGUGCCUCGGUCUCAGAUGCUGGCUUCCCCAGUAACUUUGUUGCUGAUCCAUUUCUCUAUGUGCAGGGAGAUAUACUUUUUCUUUUCUAUGAAACAAAGAAUCCACUUACCAUGCAAGGAGAUAUUGGAGUUGCAAAAAGUACUGAUAAGGGGGCAACAUGGCAACAGUUGGGAAUUGCCUUGGACGAGGAUUGGCACCUCUCAUUUCCUUAUGUGUUUGAUUAUCAUGGGCAAGUAUAUAUGAUACCGGAGAGCAGCAUGAAGGGAGAACUUCGUCUCUAUCGAGCACUUGAAUUUCCAUUGCAGUGGACAUUGGAGAAGAUCCUCAUAAAAAAGCCUUUAGUUGAUUCUGCCAUCAUUAAUUAUGAAGGACAGUAUUGGAUUUUCGCGUCCGAUCAUAGUGGUUUUGGGACAGAGAAGAAUGGACAACUGGAAAUCUGGCACAGUAUCUCGCCUCUGGGUCCUUGGAAACCACACAAGAAGAACCCCAUAUAUAACAUUGACAACAGUAUGGGGGCAAGAAAUGGCGGCAGACCAUUUGUGUAUGAUGGAAACCUCUAUCGCUUUGGUCAAGAUUGUGGUGAAACGUAUGGGCGACGAGUACGGGCCUUCAAGGUGGAAACUCUUAGCAAGGAUGAUUAUAAAGAAGUUGAGGUGCCCUUGGGCUUUGAGGAGCCCACAAAGGGGCGGAAUGCUUGGAAUGGUGCUCGACACCAUCACCUUGAUGUCCAGCAGCUCAGCUCUGGGGAAUGGAUUGGGGUUAUGGAUGGAGAUAGGGUACCAUCUGGAGACCCGAGUCGCCGUUUUAUGGUUGGCUGUACCUCGCUUGCAGCUGCUGCUGCAGUUGUCAUUGUAUUAGGCCUGCUGCUUGGAGCAGUUAAAUGUAUCAUUCCACUCAACUGGUGUGCUCACUAUUCAUGGAAGAGAAGCGAUGCUCUUUUGGUCUGGGAAAGGUCAAAUUUGUUCUCAUCAAAGGUAAGGCGGUUUUGUAGUCGUGUCAACAGAGUACCUACCUCGAUUCGAGGUAAGGUAAAGUACAAUACUUGGGCGGGAAGAUUGGUUCUGGCUGUGUUAUUUGUAGCUGGUGCUGCAUUAAUGUGCACAGGUGUUAAGAACGUCUAUGGUGGUAAUGGAGCUGAAGAAGCCUACCCUUUAAAUGGUUACUAUUCUCAGUUCACUUUACUAACUAUGACAUACGAUGCUCGGCUAUGGAACUUAAAGAUGUAUGUGAAGCAUUAUUCGAGGUGUUCUUCAGUGAAAGAGAUUGUUGUGGUGUGGAACAAAGGGAUCCCUCCAAAGGAAAGUGACCUGGACUCUGCAGUGCCUGUUAGGAUCAGGGUAGAGAAAGAGAACUCACUGAACAACCGCUUCAAGAAGGAUGAAAUGAUAACAACGCGAGGCGUGCUUGAGCUUGAUGACGAUAUUAUGAUGACGUGUGAUGAUGUGGAGCGUGGUUUCAAUGUCUGGCGCCAGCAUCCCGAUCGAAUCGUCGGUUUCUAUCCCCGUCUCAUCAGUGGGAAUCCUCUCAAGUACCGGGCUGAAAAAUAUGCGAGGAGUCGCAAAGGUUACAACAUGAUACUUACUGGGGCAGCCUUUGUCGAUAGCACGAUAGCUUUCGGAAGGUACUGGGGUGAGCAGGCCAAGGCAGGGAGGGAGCUGGUGGACAGGUAUUUCAACUGUGAGGAUGUGCUGUUGAAUUACUUGUAUGCCAAUGCAAGCUCAGGAAAGACUGUCGAGUAUGUGAGACCGGCAUGGGCGAUAGAUACAUCCAAGUUCUCUGGCGCCGCAAUCAGCAAGAACACACAGGUUCACUAUGGGAUUAGGAGUAGAUGCCUCAUGAGGUUUACCCAGAUGUAUGGGAGUUUAUCAGAUCGCAAGUGGGAAUUUGAUGGGAGGAAAGAUGGUUGGGAUUUGUAGGAACAACAACUAGUAGUAGUAGUAGUACUCUUGACAGCCUGCCUUUGGUAAAUUCUUGGUAAAUUGCAGUUUCUAGAGCUGUUCAUCCCCAUCUGGUGAAGAUUUCUCGUCUGAGAGGUGGAUUUUAGCAUCAACAGGGGUAGAUUUCGCAACUUGUACAUUGGUUUUUUCACCAUACCUUUUUUUUCUUGAGAGUUAAUGUAGAAUGUAGCGUCUUCUUCUUGGUUUUGACCCUUUUUCAGAAAGCUGAAAGUGUAAAGUAGAGAUACAUAUAGUAAGUCAAUAUGUUGUUUGCAGUUUUGUUUCAGAAAGUUCUCCCUCUCCGAUCUCUACCUGAUUGUCUUUGAUCCAGACCCAAUCUAUACGGAGAGUUUCUGUAUUGACUGGGUAUGAUAAAAUUCGAGAGAAAAAUGAUGAUGGGAUGGAUAUGAUUUUAGGCUUUCCGUUCCAUACACAUUCUUACUACAAAAUAUAUCUCGAUAUAUAUAAAAAAAAUUAAUGAUUGAAUGCUAAAAUUGUCAUUGUCUUAUGGGUUAAUAGAUGUUGUAGGUUUAGAUGUUUUGAAUUUGAAUUAACAACGAUUAUAUCUUUGUUGAAUUUACGAUUUAUUAGCUCUAUUUGAAUGUAUAACCAAAACUCUUAAGCUGGAUUAUAGUUUAGGUAUGAUAUAUUGGAUAUUCAGAGUGAGUGUUACCCGCGGGUAUCCGAAAAUCACAUGUAUAAGAAUAAAGUUGUAAAAUCUUCUCUCUAUAGAUAUGAAAUGGUUAUGGAUUUUGAUUUUUCGAGAAUGACGAGUAUAAGGAUGAAGUUGUAAAAAUCUUCUUUCUAUAGAUAUGAAACGGUUAUGGAUUUUGAUUUUUCGAGAUGAGGAUGAUAAUGGUUUAGAAAAAUAGACUCCAAUUCGUCACAUUAUAUUUCUUAGUAGUAUUAGUGUAUCUACACCAUCUCUUAAGACGAUUUUUCUUUAUCGCUAAUUGGACUACUCAUAGAGUAAUAUGUAGAAGUAUGUUGAUGUUUUAGAGUUAGCAUCAGUCUAGUUGUACUGUUGUAGGCAUUUGUUUUGGGCAUGGUUGUCACGCCGGCCGGCGUGUCACCGGUUGUACCAGGUUCAACCGAUACCGGUCAUAAAACCGGCGUGACACCACCGGUAUGACUGGCAUGAUCGAUAUACGAAUCUCUAUGUAAAAUGACCUUAUUUUAGCGAAUUUAAUUGAUAAACAUUAUUUUAUUAUUUAUUUUAUGAGUAUAAAAGUUAAAUAUUGAUGUUAUUUGUUGGAUUCAAGUAUAAAUGUUUAGCUAUUGGCGUUAAAUGUCAUGUUUAAAUAUGAGUAUUUAUAAUUUUAUUUGUAAUAUUGAGCGGUAUGUGCCACCGGUCGAACCAUUCCACUUGCUAAACCGCCACACUGACAUAAACCGGUUUGACAACCUUGGUUUUGGGAAACACUAGACAAUCCUACCAUUACUAUAUAGAGAUUCUCCAUCACAACAUACUCUAUUCCAAAUUUUCAGCUUUGUGAGAGUUUGUAGGAAGGACAUUUUUGUCAUUUAAAUAAUUAAAAUAAAGCAUUUUUAGACUACUAAAUCAAAUUAAUAUGUAUAUGCCUUAUUUAUACGUAUACUGGUAGGAUUUAUUCAUUGAUAAUAAAUAUGUCCAAAUAUUUUCAGACUUCUAAAUCAAAUAAAUAUGUCUAUUAGAAUUUUUAUUCAUUAAUAAAAAUAUAGGCCAAAUAUUUGUAGACUUCUAAAUCAAAUAAAUAUGUAUACAUUAUGUAUAUAUGUAGUUUUAGGAUUUUUAUUCAUUAAUAAUCAAUAUGUCCACUUAAAUAUUUAUAAUCUAUAGUUUGGAAACUAAACAUGUGGGAUUUUAAACUAUUGGGUUAGUAGCCAAUUAAGAAUCUUUAAAAGAUAAAGGUUUCGUAUUUGCAAACAUAAAGUAAAAUUUCAAUGAAAUG